CUUUAAAAUUCAGGCAUUCACUGAAAAUGUCAUUCUGACAGUCGAGUCAGGUCAUUAGGAGCAAGAUGACAACAUACACGGACAAAGGUGAAAAGCACGAGCAGGGCAGGUUCCUCUGCUUUGAUCACUUAACGUUCUGGGUUGGAAAUGCAAAGCAGGCUGCGUCUUAUUACUGCAACAAGCUGGGAUUUGAGCCGCUGGCUUACCGAGGUUUGGAGACAGGCAGUCGUGAAGUGGUGUCCCAUGCAGUCAAACAAGGAAAGAUCAUUUAUGUGUUCUCAUCUGCCCUCAAUCCUGGAAACAAAGAGAUGGGAGAACAUCUGGUGAAACACGGGGACGGAGUGAAGGAUAUAGCAUUUACAGUGGAGGACUGUGACUUUCUGGUUGAGACAGCCCGUGAACGAGGUGCAGUUAUUGUGAAGGAGCCCCACACUCUGGAGGACAAGUAUGGGAAAGUCAGGCUGGCUGUGCUUCAAACGUAUGGUGACACCACACACACGUUUGUGGAGAGGUCAGGAUACAGCGGAUCGUUCCUCCCUGGUUUCCAUCCCCCUCUGUUCAAGGACCCUUUACUAGCCAAACUGCCAAGUGGAAAACUGAACUUCAUCGACCAUGUUGUGGGAAACCAACCAGAUGAUGAGAUGGUUCCAGUGGUGGACUGGUAUCAGAAGAACCUUCUCUUUCACCGCUUCUGGUCAGUGGAUGACAAGCAGCUCCAGACAGAAUUUAGUGCCCUGCGCUCCAUCGUCGUGGCAAACUAUGAAGAGACGGUGAAGAUGCCCAUCAACGAGCCUGCCAUGGGCAACAGAAAGUCUCAGAUCCAGGAGUAUGUGGAGUACUAUGGAGGUCCAGGAGUGCAGCAUAUCGCCAUGAAUACAUCUGAUAUCAUCACUGCAAUCCGUAACCUAAAAGAGCGUGGGAUGGAGUUUAUGUCAGUGCCUGACACCUACUACAACCAGCUGAGGGAGAACCUGAAAAACUCAAAGGUUAAAGUCUUAGAGGACGUGGACGUCCUGCAGGAACUGAAGAUCUUGGUGGACUACGAUGACAACGGUUAUUUGCUUCAAAUCUUCACCAAGCCAGUUCAGGAUCGUCCCACCGUGUUCUUGGAAGUCAUUCAGAGACACAACCACCAGGGCUUUGGUGCAGGGAACUUCAAGUCUCUUUUUGAAGCUAUUGAAGCCGACCAGAAUGCCAGAGGAAAUCUGACUGUCCUGACACCAAAUGGCAUUUCAAAAAACAUGUGAAGCCAGUGUUAAUUCACUUUACAGCUCUGAUAGCUCUCAGUAACCAUCAAUUAAUUACGACAAGUACACUGUCUUUUCAGGGUCCUGUUUAUUUUGUUUUUAUACUCAUAAUAUUCUACAACAAUGCUCUGAUAUUGUGAAAUACAUAAUGAAAAUAUA